AUGGACUUGGAACUGAAGGGAAACUGGACGGUGAGGCCCGAUCGAUGUUUUGGUGUUUACGUGGGCUCCGUUUCGGGACUAGUUCCUCUCUUAUCGAUAAGCUUAUUACGCACAGUCCCUUUGCUACUUGGAACCAGUGACUACCCUCUUCUUCUGGAGCCCCAAGGUACUCCGCUUGUGGCUACUAGGGGUCCCCCCUCACCCCCAGGUGAGGAUCCAUGGUUGUACCUCCGCUACCCGCCGUAUCACCCAGAAAAUAUUCAUCCCUGGGUUGCCAAUCAAGUCCUGACUCCAAAGACAUCCCCUGGUAUGUGGCCAAAAAUCCCUCCAACUCAACUGGUCAGCUGCCGCGGCCCCUUGCUUGGCCGGGGUAAUGAUGGCCGAUACUGUGUGCAUCGCAUUUCCGAGGAACAGAUUGACCGGCCGACGAAGUUUACUGUCGUAUCCUGGUUGUCCUGUCUAGAAUUCCUUUACUCGAUACAAGUCAUUGGAAGCGACUUCAGUCUAUUACUCGCUAGAGCUUUAGCGGGUAACGUACCAGCAGUAGUCAUGUACGGCCUCAAUGCCGCUAUCUACGCAGUUUAUCAUCGGCCGUAUCCGACCAAAGAAGUUCUUCCUUCGGAAGUAUGGGUGGAAGGGUACGCGGUUCGGAAAAGUCUCUGCAGCGUCGACAACAGAACCACCAAGGUUCACGAGAGGCUCACGCCAAGUAACCUUAUUGAGACCCGUAUCCGGGAUGGCUGGUACCAGAUGGCUUGUGUGCUACUUCUUAUUGACAGUAAGCGUCUUUGUCGAUUGUGUUUGCUCGCUCCUGCGUACGGAGGAUUGCCUACGUUGUCUUCUGUAUCCUUUGCUGAGACAUGUUUGGGAUUAUCCUCCAUUGUUAAGGGUUUCCGAAGCCGAGGGAUAUGCACUAUAUUUAUCGGACCACACAUGAUCCUUGAGCAAACCACUGCUCCUAUGACUAAGAACGCUUGA